UUUUGCCCGCGCUCGAGAAAGAUCCUCCGAGAUGCCCGAACCAGCGAAGUCCGCCCCGGCCGCCAAGAAGGGCUCGAAGAAAGCGGUGACCAAGACGCAGAAGAAGGGCGACAAGAAGCGCCGCAAGAGCCGCAAGGAGAGCUACUCCAUCUACGUGUACAAGGUGCUGAAGCAGGUGCACCCGGACACGGGCAUCUCGUCCAAGGCCAUGAGCAUCAUGAACUCCUUCGUCAACGACAUCUUCGAGCGCAUCGCCGGCGAGGCCUCCCGCCUGGCGCACUACAACAAGCGCUCCACCAUCACCUCCCGCGAGAUCCAGACGGCCGUGCGCCUCCUGCUGCCCGGCGAGCUGGCCAAGCACGCCGUCUCCGAGGGCACCAAGGCCGUCACCAAGUACACCAGCUCCAAGUGAGCCCCGCCGCGCCCGCCCAGGGAAGGACGCUUUGAACCCAAAGGCUCUUUUCAGAGCCACCCACCUCCUCAUUAAAAAAGCUGGCCUGACGGAUGCUUUAAUCUUAACCCGGAGAUUUAUCUUAAUUUUUUUCUUUCAUUGGAGUCUAGGACUUUUUUUUUCCAGAAUAAAAUUGCACGGAUUUUAGUCCUUUCCGCCCUCCCUUAAUAAAUGGGCCUUUCGUUGCAAAACAAGU